AUGACGUCGCAUCCUAAAUUCAAGCUAAUUUUACGGCCACGCGCGAGUCAUGCGUCAGAGACCUAUAUUCAAGUAACGGUGCGCUCUUUCGCUCAACAAGAAAAUCGCGAAAGUAACCCAAGCGACACCUCCAGAUACUUGCGCAUUGAAGAAGAAGAGAAUAUGGCACCCAUCAUAGCGUCUAUACCCAACUCAGCAUCACUCGCAGUUGAACGUAAAGUCCGCCGCAGUUUGGAGCGUGACUUUGUGAGUGUGAUGAAUUUCGGGUCGGUUGACCUUGGCUGGUCCGAAUGCAGUCAGGAGCAAGCACGCGAGCGAGCGCGCGACGCCACAGACGUAAACAUGACAAACUUGGCCUCGACCAUCUCCGUCGCGGGAAAAAGGUCGGGCAUCCUCUCGCAUCUGAAGAACAUUCUGCACCCGUUCAGAUCAUCGGAGCGGAGCGGAGUCAGAUCUCCAAAGGUGGAUUCAAAGAGUGGCAGGCUAUCGGCGUCGAAAAUUGCAUUGAAAAUAAAGGAUCUGAAGUUUCUGGAACUUGUUGCUGGAAUCGAUCCUGUUGUCGACAUUAUAGCGAUUCAUGGCUUUGAUGGUCACAGAGUGAAUACGUGGGUGGCAGAUAACGGGACAUUGUGGCUACGCGACCUCUUGCCUUCGGAAUUUCCCAAUGCUCGAAUCCUCGCAUACGGAUAUGAUGCCGACUCUCGCAGCGGGCAAUGGGCAUCAACUCAGGCAGUGCAGCAGCAUGCCUUAGGCCUCGCUGGGGCACUUUUGCACAGACGCAAGGACGUUCCUUAUCGUCCGAUUAUCUUCCUUGUGCACGGCUUGGGUGGUAUUAUUCUCAAACGGCAGGCACUGGCUAUCUAUCUCUGUAGGGGCCUGCCGUUGGUACUGGACCUCCAGGAUCCUCUAGUCUCAACUCAUGCGAUAUUGUUCUUUGGGACGCCAACUACCGUCGCGGAAGGCGCGACUCUCCUCCAAGUAAUGAAGCAGUUGGGUUUGGCAUACAGGGAAACGACAAACAUUAUCCCGAAAGAUAUACAGGUCUAUUCUUCCGACCCGGAAGACAUAGAAGGUCUGUAUUAUAUUUCCCGCGAGAAGAUCAAUAGCGUAUACUUCUGCGAAGGCUACGUGACGACCGACAUGCAGAAUGACAAGCGAGUGCCAAUAUCUCCGGUGGUUGUUGUGCGACGACAGUCACCCUCCGUGCAGAUCACCGCAACCUGGUCAGAUUCCCUUAUGCAGCCAGUAAUAGCUACCAAACGCUUCGGUCGGGUAAUCUUUGUCGAUGCUUUCAGUCAGGCGCAACUAGAGGCAGACCUGGAGAGGUCCAUUCGCUCAUUGGCCCCUCAAUAUAGCAAAAUGACAUGGAAGGAUGCAGUCGCAUAUCUUGACGGGAAAGAGCAGAGGUGGCUCCUUUUCCUCGAUGGAGCCGACUCGCCAGACCUUGAUCUCCACCCCUAUCUUCCCACCUCUACCUCUGGCACAAUUCUGAUCACGACGGGGAAUAGUAAAUGCACCAGAUACGCCCCAGGCAGUGCAAUCUACGUUGGCGGUCUCGAGGAGAACAAGGCCGUCGGUCUUCUUCACACCACAGCUGGUAUCUCACCCACAACCAGCGCCAAUUCUCUCGAAAUUGUGAGGGAGCUAGGUGCACUGGCUCUUGCUAUUAUUCAAGCAGGAGCGUAUAUUCGCGAGACUGGGCAUCUCGAUACGUAUCUCGACACGUUUCAAAAGCACCGAGAUUAUCUUCUUCGCAAUCGACCAAACAUGAGCACAGAGUGCACCUCCUCGACGUAUAUCGCUUUCGACUUGUCGUUCCAUCAAUUACCUGUCAGGGCACAAAGAUUCAUGAAGUUGUGUGCCUUUCUUCACCCCUCGCCGAUUCCGAUCACUUUAUUCAAGCAAUCAAGCACCUCUGGUUUCGCUACACAUACCUUUCAAGACACUUCUAUUCCUCCAGAGAUUGAGGGGACUCGAUUUCAAUGCUCCAGGAGAUCUUUGGCGCGAAAUGGGAUAACGUUGCAUUCCAGCAAAUCGUCGAAUCGGUCGUACGCGUAUCAUUCAUCGGCUUUUCGAGAUAUUCCUUUUUCUACAUUGUUCACCCCCUGCUUUGCAGAUAUAUCAAAGAUUCCCUCGGUGCGGAAGAGGCUCGAGACUAUAUGA